ACCAAGCGCCAAUAAACCUCAAAGAAGAAGACAGCUGGGCGCGUCUCAACACGACUCUGUGAUUGGUUGUUCUCUACUCGACUGUCAACAUCUGAAACAUCAACCAAACAGUAAAUAGAAGAUUUAGGUGACUGACAUGGCGACUAAGCUCGUCUCCAAGUUAUUUCGUCCCUAUGUUUCCACACAGCUGGCGUCUCUCCGGUCGGGAUGUGUCUCGUCUCGGAGGAUCAGACAUUUCUCCAGCGAUCCGCCACCAGAGAACAUCAGUCGGUAUCCGGUUCCUCCCAAGAAAGACCUCCCGCAUGAUAUAGUGGAGGUGAUGGAGGAAGUGGAGUCAAAGGGAGGCUUUUUACCCAAUGUCUUCAAAGCCCUCUCUCACAGACCAGCAGAGUUCAGAGCCUUCUUCGCUUACUACAAUGAACUAAUGAGCAAAGAGACAGGCGGGUUGACCAAGGCAGAUCGUGAGAUGAUUGUAGUGGCUACCAGUAUUCACAACAAAUGUCUUUACUGUGUGGUAUCCCACAGUGCAUUGCACCGCAUCUACUCCAAGAAACCCACUCUUUCCGAUCAGGUCGUUGUUAACUACGAGAACGCAGAGCUGUCGCCUCGGGAGCGCGCCAUGCUGGACUUUGCGAUGGCCGUGUGUCGCAGCGAGACCAUCACAGAGCAGCAUUUCCAGUCUUUAGAGGAAGUGGGCUUUGACCGCGAGGAUGCGUGGGACAUCGCUGCCAUCGCUGCUUUCUUUGCCAUGUCCAACCGGCUCGCUCACCUCACCGACAUGAGGCCGAACUUAGAAUUUUAUAACAUGGGCCGUAUACCCAAGAACAAGAGCAAGGACAAGAGCAAGUAAAAUUGAGGAUUUUGUUAAAGGUCCCACAUUGUAAAAAGUGAGAUUUUCAUGUCUUUUACAUUAUAAAGCAGGUUUAAGUGCUAUAUAAAUACUGUUAAACUAUCAAAACGCUCAAUAUACUGAGAAAUACACA